AAAAGCGGCACACCGCGUGCAUUGUCUCGGUUUUUUUGGUUUUGGUUUUGUUUUUGAUUAUCGUUAAUUUCGUAAAAAAAGAAAAUCUUUUUGAAUGUUUCAAACUUAAAAACAAACAGAUUAUCAUCAUGUCCGGACAUCAACAUCAUUAUCCACCACCACCGAUGCCCGGAUAUUUUAUUCCGCAUCAUAUGCCACCGCAUCCAAUGCAACAACAACAACAACCACCAUUGAUGCCGCAAAUGCAACAACCACCACCACAAAUGAUACCGCAAAUGCAACAACAACCACCGCCACCCAUAUCGCAACAAAUAGAUUUAGCUAAUUUACCAUUACCACCAUCAAAUGAAUAUAAUCGUAAUAGUUUUCUGACCGAUGAUGAAUUGAAAGAAAAAUCUAGAAAAUGGCAACAAUUACAAACAAAACGUUAUGCCGAAAGGAAAAAAUUUGGUUUUGUUGAACAACAAAAAGAAGAUAUGCCACCUGAACAUCUAAGGAAAAUUAUACGUGAUCAUGGUGAUAUGACAUCGAAAAAAUAUCGUCAUGAUAAACGUGUUUAUUUAGGCGCAUUGAAAUAUAUUCCACAUGCAGUAUUGAAGCUAUUGGAAAAUAUGCCAAUGCCAUGGGAACAGAUUCGUGAUGUACAAGUUCUUUAUCAUAUAACCGGAGCUAUAACAUUUGUCAAUGAAAUUCCAUGGGUAGUUGAACCAAUUUAUAUUGCACAAUGGGGUUCAAUGUGGAUUAUGAUGCGUCGAGAAAAACGUGAUCGUCGUCAUUUUAAACGUAUGCGUUUUCCACCAUUCGAUGAUGAAGAACCACCAUUAGAUUAUGCUGAUAAUCUGUUGGAUGUUGAACCAUUAGAAGCUAUACAAAUGGAUUUAGAUCCAGAAGAAGAUCGUCAUGUUUAUGAAUGGUUUUAUGAUCAUAAACCAUUAGUUGAUACUAAACAUGUUAAUGGAUCAUCAUAUCGUCGUUGGAAUCUAACAUUACCACAAUUAGCAACAUUAUAUCGUUUGGCUAAUCAAUUAUUAACCGAUCUGGUUGAUGAUAAUUAUUUUUAUCUAUUUGAUUCAACAUCAUUUUUUACUGCUAAAGCAUUAAAUAUGGCUAUACCUGGUGGACCAAAAUUUGAACCAUUGGUCAAGGAUAUAAAUCCAGCCGAUGAAGAUUGGAAUGAAUUUAAUGAUAUUAAUAAAAUAAUAAUACGUCAUCCAAUUCGUACUGAAUAUCGUAUUGCAUUUCCAUAUCUUUAUAAUAAUCUACCGAAUGAACAUGUUUAUAUUUCAUGGUAUCAUACACCGAAUGUUGUUUUUAUUAAAACUGAAGAUCCUGAUCUACCGGCUUAUUAUUUUGAUCCACUUAUAAAUCCAAUUUCACAUAGUCGUAUUGAUCGUUCAUAUGAACCAUUACCUGAAGAAGAUAAAGAUGAACCAUUUAUGUUACCCGAAACAGUUGAACCAAUUUUAUCAAAAUGUCCAUUAUAUACAGAUAAUACUGCAAAUGGAAUAUCAUUACUAUGGGCACCACGUCCUUAUAAUCUACGUUCUGGUCGUAGUCGUCGUGCUAUUGAUGUUCCAUUAGUACAAAGUUGGUAUCGUGAACAUUGUCCACCCGGAAUGCCGGUUAAAGUUCGUGUAUCAUAUCAAAAACUAUUGAAAUAUUUUGUUUUAAAUGCAUUACAUCAUCGAAGACCAAAACCGCAGAAAAAACGUUACCUAUUUCGUUCAUUUAAAUCGACAAAAUUUUUUCAAACAACAACUAUUGAUUGGGUUGAAGCUGGUCUACAAGUUUGUCGUCAAGGUUAUAAUAUGCUAAAUUUAUUGAUUCAUCGAAAAAAUCUAAAUUAUUUACAUUUGGAUUAUAAUUUCAAUUUAAAACCUGUAAAAACAUUGACGACUAAAGAAAGAAAAAAAUCUCGUUUUGGUAAUGCUUUUCAUUUAUGUCGUGAAAUUCUUCGUCUAACAAAAUUAGUUGUCGAUAGUCAUGUACAAUAUCGAUUGAAUAAUGUUGAUGCAUAUCAAUUGGCUGAUGGUUUACAGUAUAUUUUUUCACAUGUUGGACAAUUAACUGGAAUGUAUCGUUAUAAAUAUAAAUUAAUGAGACAAAUACGAAUGUGUAAAGAUUUAAAACAUUUAAUAUAUUAUCGAUUUAAUACUGGACCAGUUGGUAAAGGACCGGGUUGUGGUUUUUGGGCACCAAGUUGGCGUGUUUGGUUAUUUUUUAUGCGUGGUAUAACACCAUUAUUGGAACGUUGGUUAGGAAAUCUUCUUUCACGUCAAUUUGAAGGUAGACAUUCAAAAGGUGUUGCAAAAACUGUUACUAAACAACGUGUUGAAUCACAUUUUGAUUUGGAAUUACGUGCUUCGGUUAUGCAUGAUAUUGUUGAUAUGAUGCCUGAAGGUAUUAAACAUAAUAAAGCACGAACUAUAUUGCAACAUCUGAGUGAAGCAUGGCGUUGUUGGAAAGCAAAUAUACCGUGGAAAGUUCCCGGUUUACCGAUGCCAAUUGAAAAUAUGAUUUUACGUUAUGUAAAAAUGAAAGCUGAUUGGUGGACAAACACGGCACAUUAUAAUCGGGAACGUAUUCGUCGUGGUGCUACUGUUGAUAAAACUGUUUGUAAAAAAAAUCUUGGACGUUUAACACGUUUAUAUUUGAAAGCUGAACAAGAACGACAACAUAAUUAUCUGAAAGAUGGUCCAUAUGUUAGUGCAGAAGAAGCUGUUGCAAUUUAUACAACAACAGUACAUUGGCUGGAAAGUCGUCGUUUUUCACCGAUACCAUUUCCACCUCUUUCAUAUAAACAUGAUACAAAAUUAUUAAUUUUAGCAUUAGAACGUUUAAAAGAAGCAUAUUCAGUAAAAUCUCGAUUAAAUCAAUCACAACGUGAAGAAUUAGGUUUAAUUGAACAAGCAUAUGAUAAUCCACAUGAAGCAUUAUCACGAAUUAAACGUCACCUAUUAACACAACGUGCAUUUCGUGAAGUUAGUAUUGAAUUUAUGGAUCUUUAUUCACAUUUAGUUCCUGUUUAUGAUGUUGAACCAUUGGAAAAAAUUACCGAUGCAUAUUUAGAUCAAUAUCUUUGGUAUGAAGCUGAUAAACGACAUUUAUUUCCAGCAUGGAUAAAACCGGCUGAUUCUGAACCACCACCAUUAUUAGUUUAUAAAUGGUGUCAAGGUAUUAAUAAUCUACAGGAUGUUUGGGAUACAACACAUGGUGAAUGUAAUGUUAUGUUGGAAACAAAAUUUGAAAAAAUGUAUGAAAAAAUCGAUUUAACCUUAUUGAAUCGUUUGUUACGUUUGAUUGUUGAUCAUAAUAUUGCUGAUUAUAUGACAGCUAAAAAUAAUGUUGUUAUCAAUUAUAAAGAUAUGAAUCAUACAAAUUCAUAUGGUAUUAUACGUGGAUUACAAUUUUCAUCAUUUAUCGUUCAAUAUUAUGGUCUUGUAUUGGAUUUAUUAGUACUCGGGUUGCAACGUGCAAGUGAAAUGGCUGGUCCACCACAAAUGCCAAAUGAUUUUCUUACCUACCAGGAUGUUGCUACGGAAAUUUCACAUCCAAUUCGUUUAUAUUCAAGAUAUAUUGAUCGAAUACAUGUAUUUUUUCGUUUUACAGCUGAUGAAGCAAGAGAUUUGAUUCAACGUUACUUGACUGAACAUCCUGAUCCAAAUAAUGAAAAUAUUGUUGGUUAUAAUAAUAAAAAAUGUUGGCCAAGAGAUGCACGAAUGCGUCUGAUGAAACAUGAUGUUAAUCUUGGUCGUGCUGUAUUUUGGGAUAUAAAAAAUCGUUUACCAAGAUCAGUAACAACAAUACAAUGGGAUAAUAGUUUUGUUUCAGUUUUUAGUAAAGAUAAUCCAAAUCUUUUAUUCAAUAUGGGUGGUUUUGAAUGUCGAAUACUACCAAAAUGUCGUAUGGCAUUAGAAGAAUUUGUACAUAAAGAUGGUGUAUGGAAUUUACAGAAUGAAGUAACCAAAGAACGUACUGCACAAUGUUUUCUACGUGUUGAUGAUGAAUCAAUGCAACGUUUUCAUAAUCGUGUACGACAAAUUCUAAUGGCAUCUGGUUCAACAACAUUUACAAAAAUUGUUAACAAAUGGAAUACAGCAUUAAUUGGUUUGAUGACAUAUUUUCGUGAAGCAGUUGUUAAUACACAAGAAUUAUUAGAUUUAUUGGUAAAAUGUGAAAAUAAAAUACAAACCCGUAUUAAAAUUGGUUUGAAUUCAAAAAUGCCAAGCCGUUUUCCACCGGUUGUAUUUUAUACACCAAAAGAAUUAGGUGGACUAGGUAUGCUUUCAAUGGGUCAUGUAUUAAUACCACAAUCUGAUUUACGUUGGUCAAAACAAACUGAUGUUGGUAUAACACAUUUUCGUUCUGGAAUGUCACAUGAUGAAGAUCAAGUUAUACCGAAUCUUUAUCGUUAUAUACAACCAUGGGAAACAGAAUUUAUUGAUUCACAACGUGUUUGGGCUGAAUAUGCAUUGAAACGUCAAGAAGCGCUAGCACAAAAUCGUCGUUUAACAUUGGAAGAUCUGGAAGAUAGUUGGGAUCGUGGUAUACCACGUAUUAAUACAUUAUUUCAAAAAGAUCGUCAUACAUUAGCAUAUGAUAAAGGAUGGCGUGUACGUACUGAUUUUAAACAAUAUCAAGUUUUAAAACAGAAUCCAUUUUGGUGGACACAUCAACGUCAUGAUGGAAAACUGUGGAACCUGAAUAAUUAUCGUACCGAUAUGAUCCAGGCAUUAGGUGGUGUUGAAGGUAUCCUUGAACAUACAUUAUUCAAAGGAACAUAUUUUCCAACAUGGGAAGGUUUGUUUUGGGAAAAAGCCAGUGGUUUUGAAGAAUCAAUGAAAUAUAAAAAAUUAACAAAUGCACAACGUUCCGGUUUAAAUCAAAUACCAAAUCGUCGUUUUACAUUAUGGUGGUCACCAACAAUUAAUCGUGCAAAUGUUUAUGUUGGUUUCCAGGUUCAAUUAGAUUUAACUGGAAUAUUUAUGCAUGGAAAAAUACCUACGCUAAAAAUUUCAUUAAUUCAAAUAUUUCGUGCACAUUUAUGGCAAAAAAUUCAUGAAAGUGUUGUUAUGGAUUUGUGUCAAGUUUUUGAUCAAGAAUUAGAUGCAUUGGAAAUUGAAACCGUACAAAAAGAAACAAUUCAUCCACGUAAAUCAUAUAAAAUGAAUAGUUCUUGUGCAGAUAUCCUAUUGUUUGCUGCAUAUAAAUGGAAUGUAUCAAGACCAUCAUUAUUGGCUGAUAGUAAAGAUGUAAUGGAUGGUACAACAACACAAAAAUAUUGGAUCGAUGUCCAGUUACGUUGGGGUGAUUAUGAUUCACAUGAUAUUGAACGUUAUGCACGUGCGAAAUUUUUGGAUUAUACAACCGAUAAUAUGAGUAUUUAUCCAUCACCAACUGGUGUAUUGAUUGCUAUCGAUUUAGCUUAUAAUUUACAUUCAGCAUAUGGUAAUUGGUUUCCUGGUUCAAAACCAUUAAUACAACAAGCAAUGGCAAAAAUAAUGAAAGCUAAUCCAGCAUUAUAUGUAUUGAGAGAACGUAUUCGUAAAGGUUUACAACUUUAUUCAUCUGAACCAACUGAACCAUAUUUAUCAUCACAAAAUUAUGGUGAAUUAUUUUCCAAUCAAAUCAUAUGGUUUGUUGAUGAUACAAAUGUAUAUCGUGUUACGAUACAUAAAACAUUUGAAGGAAAUCUAACAACAAAACCAAUUAAUGGUGCUAUUUUUAUAUUCAAUCCACGUACUGGACAAUUAUUUUUGAAAAUUAUUCAUACAAGUGUUUGGGCUGGACAAAAACGUUUAGGUCAAUUGGCUAAAUGGAAAACAGCCGAAGAAGUUGCUGCACUGAUUCGUUCAUUACCGGUUGAAGAACAACCAAAACAAAUUAUUGUAACACGUAAAGGAAUGUUGGAUCCAUUAGAGGUUCAUUUAUUAGAUUUUCCAAAUAUUGUAAUCAAAGGAAGUGAAUUACAGCUACCAUUUCAAGCUUGUUUGAAAGUUGAAAAAUUUGGUGAUCUUAUUCUUAAAGCAACUGAACCACAAAUGAUUCUAUUUAAUCUGUAUGAUGAUUGGUUGAAAACAAUUUCAUCGUAUACAGCAUUUUCACGUUUGAUUCUCAUUCUACGUGCAUUACAUGUAAAUAAUGAACGAACUAAAGUAAUAUUGAAACCAGAUAAAACAACCAUAACCGAACCACAUCAUAUUUGGCCAAGUUUAACGGAUGAAGAAUGGAUUAAAGUUGAAGUACAAUUAAAAGAUUUAAUUUUAGCUGAUUAUGGUAAAAAGAAUAAUGUUAAUGUAGCAUCAUUAACACAAUCAGAAAUUCGUGAUAUUAUUCUUGGUAUGGAAAUAUCGGCACCAUCAGCACAACGACAACAGAUUGCUGAAAUUGAAAAACAAACUAAAGAACAAUCACAAUUAACAGCAGUAACAACCAGAACUGUUAAUAAACAUGGUGAUGAAAUUAUUACAUCGACAACAUCGAAUUAUGAAUCACAAUCAUUUGCAAGUAAAACUGAAUGGCGUAUUCGUGCUAUUUCGGCUACAAAUCUUCAUCUACGUACUAAACAUAUUUAUGUUUCAUCCGAUGAUAUUAAAGAAACUGGUUAUACUUAUAUAUUACCGAAAAAUGUAUUGAAAAAAUUUAUUAUCAUAUCGGAUCUUCGUACACAAAUUGCCGGUUAUAUUUAUGGUAUUUCACCGCCGGAUAAUCCACAGGUAAAAGAAAUUCGUUGUAUUGUAAUGCCACCACAAUGGGGUACACAUCAAACAAUACAUUUACCAAAUCAAUUACCACAACAUGAAUUAUUAAGUGAAUUAGAACCACUUGGUUGGAUACAUACACAGCCAAAUGAAUUACCACAAUUAUCACCACAAGAUGUAACAACACAUGCUAAAAUAAUGAUGGAUAAUCAAACAUGGGAUUCGGAAAAAACUAUUGUCAUUACCUGUUCAUUUACACCGGGUUCAUGUUCAUUAACAGCUUAUAAAUUGACACCAAGCGGAUUUGAAUGGGGCCGUCAAAAUACUGAUCGUGGUAAUAAUCCAAAAGGUUAUCUACCAUCACAUUAUGAAAAAGUACAGAUGCUUUUGUCGGAUCGUUUUCUUGGAUUUUAUAUGACACCGGCACAAUGUUCAUGGAAUUAUAAUUUUAUGGGUGUACGUCAUGAUCCAUCAAUGAAAUAUGAAUUACAAUUAUCAAAUCCAAAAGUUUUCUAUCAUGAAAUUCAUCGUCCAGCACAUUUUUCAAAUUUUACAACAAUCGAUGAAUCGGAUUAUGUUGGUGCAGAUCGUGAAGAUGUUUUUGCUUAAGAAAAACAGAAACUAAAACAAACAAAAAAUUAUUGAAUUCUUUAUUCUCAUUUUUUUUAUUAAAAAUUCAUUCUUAUCA